CUCAAACAAUUUAAUUUUGUGCAGUGAAAAUUUUCAAUCCCGUUUUGCGUUUUUCCAAAGUCACAAAACAACAAAUUUAAGUUUAUCAAUAAAAGUAAAGUGUACAUUGUAUAGGCAUACAUACAUACAUCCAUACAUAUACCCAAAUCGGUAUAUGUAUAUAUAUAUAGUGCAAUUGUGCAAAGAUUUUAAAUAUUGAUACAAUAAAAAAUGUUCUCAACAGUGAAUUUCGUAUGCGCUAUCGCCUUUACUAUUGCAUUGAUACUCUCUGCGCAUACAACAGCAGCGAAUAUGCCGCACCGUGGUCAAUUGUCAGCGCAACAAGAGUUCGCCCGUAAGUCGGCGCAGUUCGCUGUUAACCUCUUCAAUUUUAUCUACCACAAGGAGCCCCAAAGUAAUAUAAUAUACUCACCCUUCUCGAUACAAACAUGUGUGGGCAUGGCUCGCAUGGGCGCCACCGGUGAAACAGCUGCAGAACUCGAUCGCGGACUGGGUUUUCCAUUGAACGAUGAGGCAGCCAUUGCCAAUACCUUCCACAACAUCUUGGCCGAUUAUGUUAAUAGUCCAAUUUUAAAGAUUGCCAACAAAAUUUACAUCAUGGACACCUAUAAAGUGCAACAGGAAUUCAAUGAAAUUGCAACGACUAAAUUUUUCUCCUCAGCGGAAAACAUUUACUUUGCGAAUAGCGAAGGUGCAGCGAACACAAUUAAUAAGUGGGUUGAAUCCAAGACCAACAACUUAAUUAAAGAUCUCAUUCCGCCGGCUGCUUUGGAUGGUGAAACACGUAUUGUGUUGGUCAAUGCAAUUCACUUCAAGGGUGAAUGGAAGCAUCAGUUCCCGAAGGAGGCAACACGUGAUGAUAAUUUCUAUUUGAAUGAAGUUGAUUCGGUGCGAGUGCCAAUGAUGAAUUUAAAAGCAACUUUCGGUUUUGCCUAUCUGCAUGAUUUGGAUGCCUCAGUAUUGGAAAUGCCCUACAAGGACUCCGAUCUAUCUAUGUUGGUAAUUUUGCCCAGCUCACGCACGGGAUUGGCUACUCUACAUGAGAAACUGAAAAGCUUUGAUCUAUCUGAGAUCACUCAACGCUUAACCCCAACGAAAGUCAUGGUGAAGUUCCCGAAAUUCAAAGCCGAAUUUGAAAUCGAGUUAAAAGAAGCUUUGGAAAAUCUUGGUAUGAAACGCAUGUUCAGUAGAGAUGCAGAAUUCGGUAAAAUGCUCGACUCCGAUGAGCGAUUACAGGUAUCCAAAGUGAUACACAAAGCCUUCAUUGAGGUUAACGAAGAAGGCACUGAGGCAGCGGCGGCCACUGCUGUGAUAAUGAAUAGAAUCACAUCGCUUGGUGGUGGUGAAGACUAUUAUCGCCCUUUUAUCGCCGAUAGACCAUUUUUCUACGCAGUUAUUAAUUCAAAACAAAAUUUGUUAUUUGCUGGACAAGUUGCUAAGAAGAGCGCCUAGAAUGCCGAUAUUUGCCCUUCAAUAUUUGCCCUCAUAAAUUCUUCAAAUGUAUCAACCUUCGAUGACUAAAAGAAGAUGGAUGGAGCUUAUGAAGGUU